AUGCUGCUAGUAAACAGUGGUGCCGUCGCGCAAUUAACCGCGGCCAUCACCGGUACCCCGGCGGCAGCCGCCGCCGCCCUUCCUUCCUCCGCUAUCCACAGGCAGGUCAAGCUACAUCAGGGGGACACUGCACCUCAGCGACGCCCGCGCGAUCCUUCCGUCGUCUUGGCGUUCGACGAAAAGCCCGAGAGAGCCGCUCCUGACCCUGACGCCGCCCUCAUCCGGCAGCGCGGUCGCGAAGGCCGGCCGCUCGAGGCCCUCUCCCUCUUCCGCGAGUCCAUCUCGAGCGGCCUCCACGAGCCCGACGACCUCUCCGUCGCGACCGUACUUAACUGCUGCGCUUCUCUCGGGGCCAUCCGAUCCGGGAGGGAGGUGCACGGAGUCAUGAUCAGGAGGACGCAACAAAAAACUCACGCAUGCUCCUCCGAGACCUCUCUCGUCGGCUUCUAUGCUAAAUGUGGUAUUCUAUCGCAGGCCCGAGAGGUGUUCGACCAAAUGACCGAAAGGGAUGUUGUUGCUUGGACCGUCAUGCUAAAGGCCUAUGCCGAUAGAGAGGGCUACGAGAUGGAAAUGAUGCAUUUGUUUGAGGAUAUGCUGCAUCAAGGCAUGACACCAAAUUGCCACACCCUCAGUGUUGUUCUGGGCAGCGCCCCACUUGAGCUGGGGGAACAGCUCCAUGCAUGGAUAGUCAAGUUAAGCUUGGAUUCUGAUGCUUUCAUUGGAAGCUCAUUGGUCGAUGUCUAUGCCAGAAAUGGAAACCUGGGUCUUGCCCAGCUGGUUUUUGAUAGGAUUCAACUGAAGGAUGUGGUUUGCUACAACUGUUUAAUAUUAGGGUAUGGUCGAACUGGGGUUAUAGAGGGUCUUGUUUCUCUGUUUGUGGAGAUGUGUUUGGUUGAAUUGGCGCCAAAUCAAUCUACAUUUGUUGGAUUACUUAGCGGAUGUGCAUUUUCUGGGUUCAUUAGCCUGUCAAAGCAGUUUCAUGCACAAGCAAUAGUGAGGGGCUUUGAUCUGGAUGAGGUUAUCCAAGGCAUCAUUGUUGAUAUGUAUGCAAAGUGUGGAAAUAUAGAAGCUGCCCAUGCUGCGUUUAAUGGAGCUAGCAUUAAGCAGAAUGUUGCCAUUUGGAAUUCAAUGAUUUGUGGAUAUGGGAAGCAUGGGAACACCGAGGAGGCUCUUAGAACUUUUAAUUUCAUGGUCUCAGCUUUGAUUCAACCUGAUCACAUUACAUUCAUUUGCCUCUUAUCAGCUUGCAGCCACUCGGGAUUGGUUGAUGAGGGUUGGAGAUUGUUCUGUUUGAUGCAUGACUUUUAUGGUAUACCAGCUAGAGAGGAGCAUUAUAGCUGCAUGGUGGAUCUCUUUGGACGGACAGGAAGAUUGAAUGAUGCCUAUGAGCUUAUAAGCAGGUCUAUGUUCAAGUUUACACCAUCACUAUGGGGAGCAUUACUGAGUGCUUGUAGAGUCCAUGGAAAUACUAAUAUGGGAGAAGUUGCAGCAAGGAAGCUGUUUGAGCUAGAACCAGAAUGCUCGGGAUCAUAUGUUGCAUUGGCUAACAUCUAUGCUGCUGGAGGGCAGUGGGAGGAAGCCAAUGCUGUCAGAGAAAUAAUGGAUGAUAGGAAUAUAAGGAAAGAUACCGGCUGUAGUUGGAUUGAGGUUGGUGGAUUGGUGCAUAAGUUUAGAGCAGGAGGUGGAAUUAGGGAUCAUAACUGCAUGGAGGAGGUAUAUUUGAUGUGUCAUACAUUAUAUUCUUGUGCUUGUGAUCAGUUUUAUCCUGAAAUUGUAAAGAUCACUUCCUGA